AGCAGAGGCCUGGGGCGGGCCUCACCCCGCUGGACCUCUCGCUGAUCAGCAGCGUACACUCUCCAUCUCUCCCUCCUUCCCUCCGCCUGGAGCAGCAGCUGGAUCCGCCACAGAAGGAGCAGCUGGGGAGUGCUCUUGCCGAGAUGGACCGACAGCUCAGGAGGCUGGCAGACACCCCCUGGCUCUGCCAGUCUGCGGAGCCCGGCGACGAAGAGAGUGUGAUGCUGGAUCUUGCCAAGCGCAGUCGCAGUGGUAAAUUCCGCCUCGUGACCAAGUUUAAAAAGGAGAAAAACAACAAGAACAAAGAAGCUCACAGUAGCCUGGCAGCCCCGGUUCACCUCUGGGGGACAGAGGAGGUUGCUGCCUGGCUGGAGCACCUCAGUCUCUGUGAGUAUAAGGACAUCUUCACGCGGCACGACAUCCGGGGCUCUGAGCUCCUGCACCUGGAGCGGAGGGACCUCAAGGACCUGGGCGUGACCAAGGUGGGCCACAUGAAGAGGAUCCUGUGUGGCAUCAAAGAACUGAGCCGCAGCGCUCCCGCCGCCGAGGCCUAGCCUCCGCCCUCUCAGCCUGCGGCCUCCACAUCCCCGCCGCCGAGGCCUAGCCUCUGCCCUCUCAGCCUGCGGCCUCCACAUCCCCGCCGCCGAGGCCUAGCCUCCGCCCUCUCAGCCUGUGGUCUCUGCGCCUCCUGCCACUGAGGCCCUGGGCGGACGCUGCAGCCCGCCCCCUUCUCAUGGUGCUACUUCCUCUGUCAGCUACAGAAAGCCUCCGUGACACCGUCCACCAGAGCUCUGGGGUCUCGAACAUAACAACACAGCUACCUUUGAAACAACACCUUCUCCAGCUCAGAGUCACCUGGAGCACAUGUGUUGCGGCCACUCAGUUCUUGCCCGCCUGUGUUCUGGGCCAGGGAAUCCAGCGGCGUUUGGCCUCCUGGGCACCCCUUGCCUGGCCACGUGCUUGGAUUGUCCCGGGGGCUCCUCUCCCUGUGUCCUUCUGUGGCCACACCGUGUGGCUCUGCCUCCUGGCCCCCGUCCAGUUCUCGGAAACGUGGCUGCGGCCCAGCAGCCUGCAGGAGCCCUUGUUUGUUGGUGCAGCUUUUGUUGUUGCACAAAAAUGAUGCUCUUUCCUGGUUUGAAAGUAGCAUGGAUGUUUCUGGUCCUGUUGAUUGUAAUUUGACGUGAAGAGAAAAGAAAAAUUCCUCCUGUGUGAGCCAAGGCAGCGAGUGCUGUUUCCCAGGUAGGGAGCCCCUCACUGGGUGUCGCAGGGCCUGGGUUCCUCCCCCCCCCCCCCCCCCCCCCCCCCCCCCCCGGGGGCCCCCCCCCCCCCCCCCCCCCCUGCUGUGGCCUGGGGACGCCUGCCCCUCUGUCUCCAGAUGCUGUGGGCCUCAAGUUCAGCUUGGGGCUGUGAGUGAGACAGCUUGCCAGCUGCGUCCCCACAGAGGACGUGUGUCCACAUGAGUUCAGUGUUUCUGUGUGGGAAACGCUUCCUGGCUCUGGGAAACUUUCUGCCCAUUCUGUGGUUCCCAGGGAGCAUGGCCCUGGUGGGCAGGUGUGGUUUGACCUCUUCACGCCAUCUGGUGGCCUGGAGGCCAGAGGCUCUCUUGAGUAUCUCUGCCCCUGCGGUGGCUUCUUGUCUCCUGCUACCGGGCCUGAUGUCGCUGGAGGUGCUGGCAGGGACUCUGAUUUGAUGGUCCGUACUGCUCCUGCCCUGCCUCUGCCCUGGCUCUGAACUAGCAGAUGAUGGUGCCAGAGGGCAGGGAGCUCACCUGGGGAGAGGGCUGCGGGGCAGUCUCCAGGUGGAGGAUGCGCUUAGUCCUCCAGGGCACUGGCUUUGCCCUUUUUUCCCCUUGAUAGUUAUGGCUCGCAGGGGCUCGUAAGUAUCUUGGGAAGAGGUUUCUGUAACCCCUGCCCUGGUGUGAGGAGGAAAUGGCUCUGGCCUGGCUGCCUGGCCGUAGCUCCAUGCCACAAAGAGGAGGACAGUGUUGGGAGUGUCUGCCGGCGCCGCCCCGGUCCUUUAGUCAACGUCACUCCAUCUGAUGUGCAGAGGCUGGGCUGCACCUGUUGGGGAGGGCAUAGACGGGGCUGGGUCUGCGGCAGCCCUCAGUCCUGAGCAGGUGGCAGUAAACAGCGCUGGCCCAUCUCUCACAGCCCCUCUGUCCCCUCUGCAGUGCGCCUAGGUGGGCCCCUCCACGUGCCUUGGGGUGCUCCGCUUUCAUGGUCCUUCUGGGCCAAGGCCCUUGGAGUGAGGAGGCUGAGCCAGGGCCUUGGGUCCCCGGUGCAGCCUCCUGUCCCUACAUGCGGCGUGCUGGGAUUUUUGGAUGAAAGACUCUCCCAUGCUCUGUUGCUGGACUUAGCUGCCUCACUGGAAGUGAUGUGUGUGGAAGGUGGUUGUAUGUCACCUUUUCCACCUGUGAGUGUUUUCCCUAGAACAUUUUAGAUGCGGGUCGGCAGAGGGAGAAAUAAGCCAGCCAUGGCAGUCGCUUGGUUUCCCAGGUGGAGCGGGCUAACACAGGAGAUGAUGGGAACCCGUCCUGCAGUCCCUGCAUGACCACUGUCCCUGCUGGCCUGGCAGUGUGGGCAUCCUGGGGCUCUUCGGGUCCCAGAAGAAGCCCCAGGCAAGCUGGAACUCGGGUGAAGAGGGGACAUGAGGAUAAACAGCCGACCAUGGCUUCAAGGACAUCAGGGCCAUCCCCAGUCCUCAGUGUCCUACUCCUGGCAAGGAGUUGGGUUUGGAUCAAAAGUGUUUAAAAUUAAUAUGUUGUCAGUGAUUAUAACAACACUGUUUACAUAAAAACCAUUUUUUCUAGUUCUAACAAGUUAGAAGUGAGGAAGGAAUGAACACGAGUGCUUAGGAAACUGCUCUUUGGUGCUGGGCUGGUGUCCCGCACUGGGGUGUCGCUGCUGUCCGGGGGGCUGCUCUGCUGCCCCGGCCCAGGUCCCCUUGUGGUGUUGCCAGACAGGCCUCACGGUCUGCUGUGCAGAGAGAGGCAGGAAGGAUCCCUGAAGAGUCUUGGAGAAAAGGUUCUGUGCCCUCAGGUGGGGCUUACCCCCUCGUAUUUAUGAUCUUAAUUUAUAUAGUGACCACCGUGGAAACAAAUGCCUCUUGUAUUGUUAUGUACAUAGUCCAUACCUGAGUGCUGUACAGAAGUUGUUCUAUGUAUAAAUAAAACAAGCCUGUUUUUGAUCUUCCA